GCUGAGAAGCCGAGCCAGCCAGUAAGCGGAGCCUGCGAGAGGGAGGAGCGCAUCCUGAUGCAGAGAUGCUGCAGUGGCUCAGGGCGCGCACACACAUACGCACCCUCGCCCGCUGCCGCCGCGCCAGGACAGCCAGUGGCUAAGGCCGGCGGGGCCAAGCCGCCCCGAGGCUGGCGGCAGGGUCGGCUCACCGAGCAGCCUCAGCACUGCCCUAGCCAACACCCUUCCCGCACUCCAGGUGUCUCUCAGUCUCCAGUUGACUCUCCUGGAGCUGGGCUGUGGCUCCUCUCCUCUGGACUCUGCUUCUACCUGAAACACCCAUCAUGGGAAGGCCUGCCAGGAAAAAGCCAUGCUUGCUGCUGCUGCUGCUGCUGGCCACAGUGGCCCUGGUCUCUUCUCCAGGAUGGAGUUUUGCCCAGGGAACCCCAGCCACUUUUGGACCUGUCUUUGAAGACCAACCCGUCGGCCUGCUAUUCCCAGAGGAGUCCACAGAGGAUCAGGUGACACUGGCCUGCCGUGCCCGAGCCAGCCCUCCAGCCACCUAUAGGUGGAAGAUGAAUGGCACUGAUAUGAACCUCGAACCGGGUUCCCGUCACCAGCUGAUGGGGGGCAACCUGGUGAUCAUGAGCCCCACCAAGGCACAGGAUGCCGGUGUCUACCAGUGCCUAGCCUCAAACCCAGUGGGCACUGUCGUCAGCAAGGAGGCUGUUCUCCGCUUCGGCUUUCUGCAGGAAUUCUCCAAGGAGGAGAGAGACCCUGUGAAGACCCACGAGGGCUGGGGGGUCAUGCUGCCCUGUAACCCACCUGCCCACUACCCAGGUUUGUCCUACCGCUGGCUCCUCAAUGAAUUCCCCAACUUCAUCCCAACGGAUGGGCGACACUUCGUGUCCCAGACCACAGGAAACCUAUACAUCGCCCGGACCAAUGCCUCAGACCUGGGCAACUACUCUUGCCUAGCCACCAGCCACAUGGACUUCUCCACCAAGAGUGUCUUCAGCAAGUUUGCGCAGCUCAACCUGGCUGCUGAAGAUCCUCGGCUCUUUGCUCCCAGCAUCAAAGCCCGGUUCCCCCCAGAGACCUAUGCACUGGUUGGGCAGCAGGUCACCCUGGAGUGCUUUGCCUUUGGGAACCCUGUUCCCAGGAUCAGGUGGCGCAAAGUGGAUGGUUCCUUGUCCCCUCAGUGGGCCACAGCAGAGCCCACUCUGCAGAUCCCCAGUGUAAGCUUUGAAGAUGAGGGCACCUAUGAAUGUGAGGCGGAGAAUUCCAAGGGCCGCGACACCGUCCAGGGACGCAUCAUUGUGCAGGCUCAGCCUGAGUGGCUCAAGGUGAUCUCAGACACAGAAGCCGACAUUGGCUCCAACUUGCGUUGGGGCUGUGCAGCAGCAGGCAAACCCCGGCCCAUGGUGCGCUGGCUGAGAAAUGGGGAGCCUCUGGCCUCCCAGAACCGGGUGGAGGUCUUGGCUGGGGACCUGCGGUUCUCCAAGCUGAGCCUGGAGGACUCCGGCAUGUACCAGUGUGUGGCAGAAAAUAAGCAUGGCACCAUCUAUGCCAGUGCUGAGCUGGCUGUACAAGCUCUGGCCCCCGACUUCAGGCAGAACCCUGUGAGACGGCUGAUCCCUGCAGCCCGAGGGGGAGAGAUCAGCAUCCCGUGCCAGCCUCGGGCAGCUCCAAAAGCUUCUAUACUUUGGAGCAAGGGUACUGAGAUUUUGGGGAACAGUACCAGAGUGACAGUAACUUUGGAUGGCACCCUGAUUAUCAGAAACAUCAGUCGAUCGGAUGAGGGCAAAUAUACCUGCUUUGCUGAGAACUUCAUGGGCAAAGCCAACAGUACAGGGAUCCUGUCUGUGCGCGACGCAACCAAGAUCACUCUAGCUCCUUCGAGUGCUGACAUCAAUGUGGGCGAUAACCUGACCCUACAGUGCCAUGCCUCCCAUGACCCCACUAUGGACCUCACGUUUACCUGGACCCUGGACGAUUUCCCCAUUGACUUCGAUAAGCCUGGAGGUCACUACCGGAGGGCCAGUGUGAAGGAGACUAUUGGCGACCUGACUAUCCUGAAUGCCCAGCUACGCCACGGAGGGAAGUACACUUGCAUGGCCCAGACAGUGGUGGAUGGUGCAUCCAAGGAGGCCACAGUCCUGGUCCGAGGUCCCCCAGGCCCCCCAGGCGGUUUGGUGGUGAACGACAUCGGAGACACUACUGUUCAGCUUAGUUGGAGUCGUGGCUUCGACAAUCACAGCCCCAUUGCCAAGUACACAGUGCAAGCUCGUACUCCACCCUCAGGGAAGUGGAAGCAGGUUCGGACCAAUCCCGUGAACAUCGAGGGCAAUGCGGAGACUGCCCAGGUCCUGGGUCUCAUGCCUUGGAUGGACUAUGAGUUCCGGGUUUCAGCCAGCAACAUCUUGGGCACUGGGGAGCCCAGCGGGCCCUCCAGCAGGAUCCGGACCAAAGACGCAGUCCCCUCAGUGGCACCAUCGGGACUCAGCGGAGGGGGCGGGGCCCCUGGAGAGCUCAUCAUCAACUGGACUCCCAUGUCACGGGAGUACCAGAAUGGAGACGGCUUCGGCUACCUGCUGUCCUUCCGCAGGCAAGGCAGCUCCGGUUGGCAGACCGCCCGGGUGCCUGGCGCUGAUGCCCAGUACUUCGUCUACAGCAAUGACAGCAUCCAUCCCUACACUCCUUUUGAAGUCAAGAUCCGAAGUUACAAUCGCCGGGGGGAUGGGCCUGAGAGCCUCACUGCACUAGUGUACUCAGCGGAGGAAGAGCCCAGAGUGGCCCCUGUCAAGGUCUGGGCCAAGGGGUCCUCAUCCUCAGAGAUGAACGUGAGCUGGGAGCCUGUGCAACAAGACAUGAAUGGCAUUCUCCUGGGGUAUGAGAUUCGCUACUGGAAAGCUGGUGACAAAGAAGCAGCUGCUGACCGAGUGAGGACAGCAGGGCUAGACACCAGUGCCCUAGUCACCGGCCUGUACCCCAACACCAAGUACCACGUAACUGUGAGGGCGUACAACCGGGCCGGCACUGGACCGGCCAGCCCUUCUGCUGAUGCCUUGACGAUGAAGCCUCCACCUCGGAGACCCCCUGGCAACAUCUCCUGGACUUUCUCAAGCUCCAGUCUCAGCCUUAAGUGGGACCCUGUGGUUCCUCUUCGGAAUGAAUCUACAGUCACCGGCUACAAGAUGCUGUACCAGAACGACUUGAACCCAGCUCCGACACUCCACCUCACCAAGAAGAACUGGAUAGAAGUCCCUGUACCCGAAGACAUUGGCCACGCCCUGGUACAGAUCCGAACCACGGGACCUGGAGGGGAUGGGACCCCGGCAGAAGUCCACAUCGUGAGAAAUGGAGGCACAAGCAUGAUGGUGGAGAAUGCAGCAGUCUGCCCAGCCCAUCCUGGCCCCGUGUUCUCCUGCAUGGUGAUACUGAUGCUCAUCGGCUGCCAGAAGCUCUGAUCUCAGCCCUGCCUGCCACACCCAAGCUGGACACACCCACUCUAACGGACAUAGCGGCUGGCCAUAGCAUGCCUCCCAUGCCAAGGUGGUCCAACACUGUGCCUGAGGGUGGCUGGCUUAGACACCUACUCCCAACAGUACCCUUUAUGUAGGAGGUAGGAUAUUUCUAUUCUGCCACAGGAUAGAACCAUGCAAGGAAUUUUUCUUUAAAUCAAGAGGCACCAGGCGGUGACUUCCAUGCUAACACUAGGCCCAGUGCCUGAACCCCUUGGGGUCCUGAACGGAAGAAACCGGCCUUUGGACAGAAGGCAUUAAAUAUACAUCUCCAGAUCAA